AGAGAGGUGGGGAGGACUAGAGGCGGCGCAGCUGUCAGUUGUGUUCGUCCUUCUCGUCAAAAUCUGUUGCAGACUCGACUAAAGUGUUUACCAGCUCAGUGUACUUUGAGAGCUUAACCAAUGUACGGACCUAUGGGAGAUACAUCUUGUUCUCCCCAUAACAACAUAUCACAGCGUAAAGUUGACUGCCUUGCACUUUGGUAACUGUUGGAUGGUAAGGUAGACUGAGUUGGCUUCUUUGAGCAGGAAGGUUAGGCUACCCUGGAAGACUACACCUAAAUACGUGUGUUGUUUUAAGGAUUUUUAUGCGAAGUUUCUUCUUCCCAAUGUUAAUCUAUCAUUGAGUGUGAGGUAGCAUCGCUGGAAGCAUACAGGACUGCUGCCAAUCUGUGAGGUUGGGACUUGUUGCGUGAAAAACACAUCCCCCGGGAAUAGUGUUUUCGGGUAAACCCCGUUUUUAAAACCAAUUUGCAUUCAAGUCGGUGCGUGUCCGUGGUGUUUUGAUUUCACAACAGGGCAGAUUUUCGAGUGUCUGUGGUGGGUGUUCCCCAAUCCUCUAAUUCUAGUCCUGACAGUAUACAAGUCAGGUCGACUUUGUGGAGACUGGAGAGCGAACAUGAGACUGGAUGUGAUGGACCUUAGGCGUGAUUAAAGAAAUUGAAGUAAUUACCUAGGUCUACCCAACUGCCUGACCGGAGCGGCUCUAAUGGUCUAACGGAACAGCCCUCGCCAGAUGUGCGCUGGAGUCCAGUUCCGUGGUUCAUAUUUUUGGAAAGGCGCAGCAGACCCCUCCAUAGCCUACCCGUGCACUUAUAUGUAAAUAAAUGGCACCCAUAAUACGUCGAAUUUAGUGAUUUCCUAUAGCCUGUAACUGCUGAGAAGAUGUCGGAGCAAGAGCGCUAUGGGGACGGACUGUGCGACGAUGGAGCUCCGGAGAUCAUCCCGCCGAGAGCGUCCAGGACGGGAAGGCGGAGCGGAGUCAUCCUCCCUGGCCAGGACAACGAUACCAUCGUCCUGGAGGCAGUGAGGGCAGCCCCACGCAGGAGCAGCAUCAUCAAGGAUCCUUCAGUGCACAAGGUGGCCGGCGGGCGCAAGAAGACUGUGUCCUUCAGUAGCAUCCCCUCAGAGAAGAAGGUGAGCAGUGCUGCCGACUGCCUGGCCUUCAUGCAGGGGGGCUGUGAGCUGAAGAAGGUGCGUCCCAACUCCCGGGUCUACAGUCGUUUCUACACCCUGGACCAGGACCUCAGCUGCCUGCGCUGGGAGCCCUCUAAGAAGGAUGGGGAGCGCGCCCGCCUGGACAUGGCCACUAUCAGGGAGGUGAGGACGGGGAAGAGCACUGAGACCUUCCUGCAUAACGGACCUGCUGCAGAACAUCUGGCUGAGGAGGCAGCCUUCUCUAUCAUCCACGGGGAUGACUACCAGUCUCUGGACCUGGUGGCUCUCUCCCCUGACGUGGCCAACAUCUGGGUAACGGGGCUGCGUUACCUGGUGUCCCACCCCUCUGUCAUCGGGCAUGGAGGGGGGGCAGGUGGGGGAGGAGGUCUGGGAGAGGGGAGCAUCAUAGGGGAGGGUAGCCUCGGCAGUAAGAUGAGGAGGGAUUGGCUGGCCGCAGAGUUUGCCGAGGUGGAUGAAGAUGGAUACGGGGUCGUCUCAGAGGAUACGGCCGUGGCAACCAUCUGCAAGCUGUAUCCUGGGAUCAAGGAAGCUAAGGUGCGCCUGAGGUUCAAGGAGAUCCAGAGGAGCAAGGAGAAGCUGACGUCUCACGUGACGCGCAAGGAGUUCCAGGAGGCCUUCUGUGAGCUAUGCACUCGCCCAGACGUCUACUUCCUGUUGGUCCAACUCUCCAAGGACCGCGAGUGUCUGGACGCCCAGGACCUCCGUCUCUUCCUGGAGACGGAGCAAGGCCUGUCUCUGGCCACGGCCGAGGGCUGUCUGGAACUGGUCCGACGCUUCGAGCCCUCCGGCCCUGGGAAAGAGAGAGGUCUACUGGCUCUGGAUGGAUUCUCCCGCUACCUGCAGUCCCCAGAGUGCCAGCUGUUUGACGUGGAGCACCAGGCAGUGUGUCAGGAUAUGAGCCUGCCCCUGUCCCACUACUACAUCAGUACCUCCUAUCGGUCCUAUCUCCUGGAUGACCAGGUCCAUGGGAGGGCUGAUCUAGGGGGCCUGACCAGGGCUCUCCAGGCCGGGUGUCGGUGCCUAGAGCUGGGGGUGACAGACGGCCCAGAGGGGGAGCCGCUCCUGGGGGUGGACUAUGGUCCUGAUGCCCACCACCACCACCACCACCACCAUCAUCACCACCACGCCCCGGUCACCAUCCGCAGUGCCCUGGAGGUGGUCAAUAAGUACGCCUUCCUGACCUCGCCCUAUCCACUUCUGCUCUACCUGUGCCAGCGCUGUUCUCCCUCCCAGCAGCGUACCUUGGCCCAGCACCUGAGGAAAGUGUUCUCUACACGUCUCUACACCCCUGAGGCCCUGCCGGUCAGCCUGGGGGGGCGAGCCACCACCCUACCCUCCCCAGAGCAGCUGAAGGGCCGAGUGCUGCUGGUGGGGAAGAAGCUACCGCCCGAAGAGGAGGGGUCUGAGGGAGAGGUGUCAGAGGAGGACGAGGAGAUAGGGGGAGGCGGGCCCUUGGCUGGUCGGAAAAUGACCAUACCUGGGGAGGAGGAACUGGGCGCGGUUUUAGUGGUGCCCCCGCCCCCUCAGCCCAGGAGACUCCGCCUCCGACAUGAGCUAUCAGAUCUUGUGGGCGUGGCUAGAACCGGAAGCCGUAGCUUCUACAACCACCGAGAAACAAGGAAACAAGGACAGCAGCACUCCCCGCCCAGCACCCCCUCCACCCCGGGCACGCCCUUUCCCCCUGAGUCGCCCUAUUGGACACUGUGCUCCCUGGGGGAGGGAGAAGCGGGACGGCUGGCCAGUGAGAGCCCAGAGGAAUUAGUAAGCUUCACCAAGCGCACCCUGAGCCGUGUUCGGCCAAGCUCCGUCCGCCUGGACUCCUCCAACCCCAACCCCCAGGGCUACUGGAAGGGCGGGGUCCAGCUAGUGGCCCUCAACCAGCAGACCCCCGGGGCCAUGCUGGACCUCCACAGAGGCCGGUUCACCCAGAACGGGGGCUGUGGCUUCGUGCUGCGGCCAGGGGUCAUGAGAGAUGAGGUGUCCUACUUCAGUGCUGUGACCCAGGGCUGUGUGCCUGGCGUUCCCCCUCAGACCCUCAGGGUGAAGGUGAUCAGCGCUCACAGCCUGCCCAAGCCGCAGGGCGCCGGGGCUAAAGGAGAGGUUAUAGAUCCCUACGUGGUUCUGGAGCUGCAUGGGGUACCGGCGGACUGCGCUGAGCAACGGACCAGGACUGCAGCACAGAACCAGGAUGACCCACUGUUUGAUGAGACUUUUGAGUUUCAGGUGAAUAUGCCGGAGUUGGCGCUCCUCCGCUUCGUGGUAUUGGACGAUGACUACAUCGGAGACGACUUCAUUGGCCAGUACAGCGUGGCCUUCGAGUGCCUUCAGCCGGGCUACCGCAACGUGCCCCUGCUGGGUCUGGUGGGAGACCCCUUGCCCCACGCCAGCCUAUUCAUCCAUGUGGCCGUGACCAAUCGGCGAGGGGGGGGCAAGGCUCAGAGGAGGGGUCUGUCUGUGCGGAGAGGGGUACGGCGGGGGCGAGAGUACGUGACCCUACGGAACACGGGUAUUAAAGCUCUGGAUGAUACGUUCCGUCCCGCUAGCGCCCCUCUCAAGGAGGCCACGGACUUGCGGGAGGAUGCACAGAGGGCCAGUAUGACUUUCAAGGAGCAUUGUGGGCUCCCCCCAGUGGCCAAGUUGAAGCAGUGCAUCCAGAGCCUGGCCACGCGGCUUCAGACCCCAGAGGGCCCUCGGGGGGCCAGCAUGACCCUGAAGGAUGGCUACCCCCACUUGGAGGCACUGGGCAGCAUCACUGACACCACGCGCAAACUACUGAGCCACUAUGAUAUGAUGAUCUCAGCCCAGAAGCAGCUGAUUGAGAAGGCAGACGCUGUGCAGGAGAGGAUUGCACAGGUUCAGAGAGAGGGAAUGGAGUUUCAUGAGGAGCUGCCCAGGCUGGGAGAGAAGGAGGGGCUGAAGGGGCGCAAGCAUAGUAAAGCCCUGGAGAGUUUCACCUGGAACAUCACUGUCCUCAAGGGUCAGUGUGAUCUCCUGCAUGGUGCCAAGGCAGACUCUCUGGAUGCUCUGAGACAGUUGGCCCUGGCCUGUGAAGCCUGUGGCUUGACCUCUACCACCUCCUGCGGUCCCUCUGACCUCCUCUACACCCCUCACGGCAGGAGGGGCAGCACCCAUGGCAAUGGACGAAUCUGACACACCCAACCUACCAGAGAGAGAGGGAGGGGGAGAGAGGGAUGGAGCGGAAGAGAUGGUGACACCCCCCAAAAUCCCAAACUACGGGGAGGGAGGGAGGGGGUGGGGACAGAGAGAGAGUGGAAUGGUAUAGAAUAGAGGCCAGAGCCUAUCCCUUUAUCCAGAAUAAAGUAGCAAGACUACUGAAGAAUCGUUGCAGUAAUUUGACACCCUGACUUUGUGUUCAUCAGUCCUGAGGCUUUUUAACAAAACAUGAAUGUUCUUACGUUAUGUAAAAAACACUUAUUUAACAAUGUGAAUUUGAACUUAAUAUAACUUUCUCCGUUUCUUUCUGAUGGAAAACACUGACUAAAUGAAUACAUUUUCUCUAUGUUUUUUUUGUUUCUCCCUAAAAGGGGAUUGUGAUUGUGAACACAAAACAUUGUUUUGCUGUGAGGAAGAGCGGUGGUGACUUUUAUGUUAAAGUUACUUUCUCUAUGGACCCUGUACGCUGAACCUAAUGUUUGGAUUUUGCUCAACUCACCAUUUCUGAGCACAGUGGUUUGAAGAACCUGUUUAAGUUCUCCUUCCUAACAUUUGAAGCCCAGAGAGUCUAUGGAGGAGUCAAUUACAUUUUCCAGGAAUUCACAACCACAACAACAAGCGCCUGUUAUACUCUGUUAGCCGGGGUUGUCUGCCCGCCUGAAGACUCUCCAGGUAGCCUAGUGGUCAGAGCGUUGGGCCAGUAACUGAAAGGUUGCUGUAUCGAAUCCCCGAGCUGACAAGGUAAAAAUCUGUCCUUCUGCCCCUGAGCAAGGCAGUAGACCCCCACACCUCUCUGAUUCAGAGGGGUUGGGUUAAAUGCGGAAGACACAUUUCAGUUGAAGGCAUUCAGUUGUACAACUGACUAGGUAUCCCCCUUCCCCACACGCAUCGACCUAAUUUAUCCCUCGGAGGAACUGAUGUAACGCUGUUGAUGAGAGCCAUUCUCCUAGUGGAUACAACGAGGGGCUUUCAUUCAGGGACGGAGUGAAGGGUGACCCCCAUGUCCAAGAGGACAUGCUGAGGGACAAUUGAUUAAUUAAUUGGUUGUGUUAAAAAGGCUUGGUUGAUUGAUAGAUGUGUAUUUCUCCACUAGAGGACAUUAUUGGCGUGUCUGUGUUACUAUGAGGGAUGUAUAGGGGCCCCUUUCUCUAUGAGUUGACUGAAAGUAUGUGCUGGGUUUGUCCCAGCUUAAAAAACUCACUCAGCUAAACACUGAUGUACUCUGACAAAGAACUACAAAAAUGGCGCCACUAGGUGCUACUACUAACCUCGGUGUGUUUUUAUGCUUGCCCACUUCUGAUGGAGUGUGGGACAUUAAAUGGGGUCUCCUGUGGCUCAGAGGUAAACAUUCCGUUCUAGCCUGGGGUAGGAGGUGAUGUACCGUCCCUACAGUGAUGGAUAUUAGAAUGCUGCAUAAGAAAGGCUAUUAGCUAAAUAAAACUCAUGCCCUUACCAUAGAACAGGUGCUAGUUCUAAAGCCUCGGCCUCUGCGUUAACCCUUUAUGUGCAUUUAUGAACAAAACGGCAGAUGAGUCGUUCCACCAAAAUAGAGCCUCUUGCAUUUUAUGUAGAAAUUGUGCACCAAUAUUGAAUCUGAAAAGUCUGUUGUAUUAAAUGAAGUGCCCUUUUAAUAUAGACCACAUGGAGAAUUCAAUAUCUUUAUAAGGAAUAACGUGCCAAAGUGCCAAAAUGCAGUAUUUUGGCAUGUCCCUUCGUGCACCCUCAGUUACUGCUAGGAAGAUUUGAACCCACUUAAACCCAACAUUUCUCCCAAGUUUUCAACAUCAUCGUAAAGUCCUAGUUGUUUUGUUGCUUUGACAAAGUCCAUUCUGAAGAUUAUUAUUGAUUUAAUGUGAUUCAUUUACGUCCGUCCCUCAUUUUAAGGUCAACCCUGUUACCUGAACUGAACUCGGGUUUUCAAAAUGGUGAAACUAUUCCUUUAAAAAAAUAAACAUUGAACGUCUUAUAGUCAAAUCAUAGUGUGAAAGCAGGUGAGUUGGUUCUACUCUUGUUUGGCCAUUUUCUAGUGUUUUGUGGUGGGAAACUGAGCGGGUCGAGGAUUUCGCGUCAACCCUUUUCCCCACAGAUAGCCCUGUCUAGAACCCUUUUCCCCACAGAUAGCCCUGGCUAGAACCCUUUUACCCACAGAUAGCCCUGGCUAGAACCCUUUUACCCACAGAUAGCCCUGGCUAGAACCCUUUUCCCCACAGAUAGCCCUGGCUAGAACCCUUUUACCCACAGAUAGCCCUGUCUAGAACCCUUUUCCCCACAGAUAGCCCUGGCUAGAACCCUUUUACCCACAGAUAGCCCUGGCUAGAACCCUUUUACCCACAGAUAGCCCUGGCUAGAACCCUUUUACCCACAGAUAGCCCUGGCUAGAACCCUUUUACCCACAGAUAGCCCUGGCUAGAACCCUUUUCCCCACAGAUAGCCCUGGCUAGAACCCUUUUACCCACAGAUAGCCCUGGCUAGAACCCUUUUACCCACAGAUAGCCCUGGCUAGAACCCUUUUACCCACAGAUAGCCCUGGCUAGAACCCUUUUACCCACAGAUAGCCCUGGCUAGAACCCUUUUACCCACAGAUAGCCCUGGCUAGAACCCUUUUACCCACAGAUAGCCCUGGCUAGAACCCUUUUCCCCACAGAUAGCCCUGGCUAGAACCCUUUUCCCCACAGAUAGCCCUGGCUAGAACCCUUUUCCCCACAGAUAGCCCUGGCUAGAACCCUUUUCCCCACAGAUAGCCCUGGCUAGAACCCUUUUACCCACAGAUAGCCCUGGCUAGAACCCUUUUACCCACAGAUAGCCCUGGCUAGAACCCUUUUACCCACAGAUAGCCCUGGCUAGAACCCUUUUCCCCACAGAUAGCCCUGGCUAGAACCCUUUUCCCCACAGAUAGCCCUGGCUAGAACCCUUUUCCCCACAGAUAGCCCUGGCUAGAACCCUUUUACCCACAGAUAGCCCUGGCUAGAAAGGUUUUAACAAUUUAAAGCUUGUGUUCACAUGCCCCUCACAACCAUCUUCCAUUCUCCCUGUCACAUGCCCCUCACAACCAUCUUCCAUUCCCCCUGUCACAUGCCCCUCACAGCCAUCUUCCAUUCCUCCUGUCACAUGCCCCUCACAACCAUCUUCCAUUCUCCCUGUCACAUGCCCCUCACAGCCAUCUUCCAUUCCCCCUGUCACAUGCCCCUCACAGCCAUCUUCCAUUCCUCCUGUCACAUGCCCCUCACAACCAUCUUCCAUUCUCCCUGUCACAUGCCCCUCACAACCAUCUUCCAUUCCCCCUGUCACAUGGGAUUCAUGACUGAUUUACGAUGAAAUCGUCAACCCUGAUACUUUAUUUGGCACAUAAUAGGUACUUACUAUAGUAAUGUUUUUAUUUAAAAUCUCUUGAGAUGGAACGACCCAGAUACAGAAUGCAAAGAUUCCUGUCUAGCCUAAUCUGCUCGGCUGGUGUGUUGAUGUUUUUUGCUGUGUUGAGACGCUACAAAUCUUAAAUAAAACCUCUGAUCGAACAACACUCUGGUCCAACGCCAUAGUUCUGUACUUUACUAUACUAUAGUAACUCUCUGUAAACCUUAAAGACCAUUUAGCAAGUUACAUUUGGUUAAAUUGUUCUAAUAAAAAUAGAAUAACCCCCCCAUGUUGUGACUUAUGCCGCGUUCAAGACAACUGGGAACUCAGGGGAAAAAAAACAGCUCCGACUAGGAUUUUUUUUUUUACGGUCAUCCCAACUCGAAAUUUGAAGUUGGACACACUGGCAUCUUUCUAGAGGGCCGACUUUCCGACCUGAAGAUCACUAACGUCAUGAUUUGACCUCGUUUGACCUUGAGUUCCUGGUUGCCUUGAUAGCCCCAUUAUACCGGCCCUUAUAGCGAUGUGUGUAUGGGCAACGGUUGCAUCCAAACGGGCACUGUAUUCCCUACGUAGUGCAUUACAACCUACGUCUGUCUGUGUCUGCUUUCUCCUCUGACCGAACAUUCAAACACAUGUUUGUUUUGUCCCAUCGUCGUACACUCGUCACAGUAUGUUGUCUUUGUAAAAACAAAUAUAGAAGAGGAUUUAUUGAAGGGGAUGACGAGUGUUUUAAAACUAAUAAAUAUUAUAUUAAAUGGCCCUAGCUUUAAUUUUGAAAAGCUAGAUUUUUUUUUCUCUCUGAUUACCAAUGUCACAGUUGUACCCUGACUAAAUAAAACUAUAUUUUACUGACCA